AUGCGACACUACAGCGUCUCGCUCUCGCUCUGUCUCCUCCUCCUCCUGCUCCAGGUCCUACCGGCUUUCGCAAAGAACCUCCUGAACAACAUCGAGUUGUCAUGGCACCACCGCCGCAGCCCAGACCACGUCCUUGAACGUGCCGCCUGGGUGGUCGUGGACAAGGAACGAGGACCUAAGCCAACAACACAGUCCGCGACCAGGAGGACUACCACCACCAAGCGCGUUGCAUCAUCAUCUGCUGCCGUGCCUAGCUUUGACGCGCAGGCAUUCAACCAGACAGCCACUCAAGCCUGCACGAACGCAGUCAGCAACUACUCCGCCGCCGUCAACCCCAGCGGCAUCGUGGCCUGCUACAACAUCGCCUUCUGGGACAAUUCCACGGGGGUCUUCCAGAUGGACGUGCGGUUCUAUCAAAAGUCCGAUCCGGUCGGUGACUUUGUGGGCGUGCAGCCCUCGGACUAUACACUGUCGGUGUCGAUCCCCGAAGCGAGUCUGUCCGCGCCGCAGAUGAUGUGGAGUAAGAAUGGCUCUCUAGGGGGGAGUCAGCCUGCGAAGGGGCAGUUCCUUCAGGGGUUUCAGAAUAUUGGGCGAAUGAGUGAGGCGUUGGAGUAUUCCAAGCUCACGGAAUCCGACCUCCGAAUCCUAAUGAUCCCCGACAUAACCAUCGCAGCCAUCAACCCAACCACAAACAUGCUAGCCAACACAUCCCUGUCAUCCGACACAAUCUCCUACGUAGCAGGCCAACUGGUCCAAACAGGCGGCACGCCAAACAUCACCUUCCCACAGGCCACCGCUCUCUCAGCGGCAGUGGUGUCGUCGGCGACGAAAUUCGUGCUUCCGGGGACACACAUCAUGGUCUUCCCGACGGGGCUGAUCGUCACCUGUGUCUGGACGGGGGUGUUUGGGUUGGUCUACAACAGUGACGCAGAAUCACAAUCAAUCGAUUUGAUGAAUCAGUCAGUCAACACAAACAAGAUGAAGACAGCAAGCAGUGUAUGGAUGCUCUCAAGAUGCCGUAUCAGGGAUAUUAAAAGAAAGCAUGAGCAGGAGGAAAAGGAGGAAAGGAGGCGAAAGAGAGUAGGUACUACCUAG